UGAUCCAUCACGGUGACCUUGAGUUUUGCUCUCUUUGGAUUGUUCAAUUGGGACCCUAAUAUUUCGACUCAGCGUCUUACUCGCCCCUCACUUUCUAUGCUUACCGACCUCGUCUGGACCCCUUGGGGUGUCCAAAUAGCGCCCAUCCACUUGAGAGAGCACGCUCAACAUCCUUCACCCGCCAGCUCUUUCUUUGUCGUACUCGUCGAAGGUACUGUCAAGCCUGACUGACGCCUGACGACAGGCACAAUGAGCAGGCUCAUCCGCAUUACGGCCCUCGUCGGCUUCGCGUGUCUCGCUGUAUCCAGCUCUGCGCCAUCCGCCAAUGCGGCCAGCGUCGGCGCUGCACCCGAUGGUACAGUCGGCCCAACUUCAUGGCAGCUUGAUGCGCGACACGGAGACCACGGACACGGUCACAAAGACUUGAGGGAAAUACAGGUCGGCGAGACCGAGCACAUGCAAGCUCAUCUAGCUGCACCGAUCGUCGCUGCUUCCGGAGAGCUCGUGCCUGUUGUCCCAUGGAGAGGCAACGGCGGCCACCAUCACGACGGCCACGCCGCAGCGAAGAUAGAACUCGAUGAACAGGCACUCUAUGAUGUCGCAGGUCCGGCUCCCCUGUCUUACGUAGAAUGGGACUUCCGAUUUAGCGCAGGUCGCGACGGUGAAAUUGUUCGCUUUACACAGAACGCCGGCAUGAAUGACACCAAGCUUAUGGGUCAGGUAGACGGGGCAUGGCGGACCCUCUUUGAUGAAGGAAGCGAAAGUCGCAAACAGCUCGAGAAAGACCUCCAAAGCAGGAUCGGUAAAGAUGGCAGGGCGCCGCGACAUUCCGGCCUCAUGCUUCUUCACAUCACGGGAUCCACCUUUUCCUGCUGCCUCCUCCUACCAGUAGCCCUUGUGCUCAAGGCCGGGCACUCGUCGCUCGCACCGCUGUUCAGCCUGAUCUACCUUCUUGCACUGUCUGCUUCACUCUUCGUGUCAUGGCUGUACAAGGCCCUGACUCCUCAACUCUACCCUAAGAAUGCGCAUGGAGGUCUGGGAUACGCCGUCUUCUGGCUUUCCGUCAUCGGCCUCGGCGGGGAUGUCUCUCGACUCAUUGUUCAAGCCUGGAUGGCGAUCAAGCCAAAGCGCUUCUCGGCCCUUGCGAAUCCGGGGCGAAGCAGCGCAGAGAUGCGGACAAACUGGAGCAACGCACUGCAUGUCGCUCUAGGACAGUACAUGAGUUUCGAUGCAGACAAACAAGCCGCCCUAAUGGAAGAAGAGGAGCUGAUGCUGCAAGCUGGAGAGGUCAUUGGAGAGAGCGAUGCCAAGGAAAUCGAAGUCGCGUUUGAAAACUUUUCGCAUGCUGCGACUGGGCGUACAUCUCCGCCACGCUCUGUGCACUUUGAGGACGAUGAGACUGUCCACGACGCAGAAGCCGGCUUUAUCCCAUCUCCCAGUGGUGCACUUGUCAACAUUCCUCGAGGAAGCAGCUUCGGGGAAUGGACACACUCGAAGAUCCCGUGGCUACACUCUGAUGCUCCACUCAGCAGUUCACCGCGCAGCCCCCGUGCGCAAAUGAGUCGACUGGCCAGCGAAACAGCCACACCUGUUGCGUCCUCCUCUGCUUCGACCUCUCGCCUGCAACAACUCCGCAUGACACUGCGCUUCGCUCAUGUCGUCCUCAACCGCGCCCUCCCCGUCCUCGCCUUUGCAACAGGCUACGUCGGCAUCGCUGUCUACUCCGGCAGCUGCCGUUCCGGAAAGGCGCCCGGUUGCGCAGCCCACGGAAUCAAGGGUGCGAUCUUUUUCUGGUACGGCUUGCUGACAUGGUGUAGAUAUCUUGGUGCUUACUCAGAUAUUGGCUGGGCAUGGAACAAGAAGCCGAGUCCAAUGAGCACCAAGCGAUCUGGCGUUGCAUCUUGGCGGCAAAAUGCGGUCAGUGCCGAGUUCGUCGAGUCCGCGGUCAUCUUCACCUAUGGUGUUACGAAUACCUGGAUGGAACGCUUUAGCGCAGCGCCAGGUUCGCCCUACACAGUCAAGGAGAUCCAGCACAUUUCCAUCGCUGUCAUGUUCUGGUUUGCUGGUCUCGUUGGAAUGCUGUUGGAGACCAAGCGGGUCCGCGACCUUCUCUCCUUCGGCGCCUCCCUCCACCAUCCUGCUGCUCGACCCAUGCGAAGCCGCUCAUCCGCAUCGUCGAACAUCGACGAGGCGCACAUACUCGUGGACAGCCAGGCACCGCCUCCGUCCUAUGUCGCUUCUUUCAACCCAUUCCCUGCUCUUGUGAUCGGCGUGACUGGCAUCGCCAUGGCCGCUCAUCAUCAAGACUACGAGUAUGAGGUACAGGUUCACAGUUUGUGGGGCAACCUUCUGGGUGGCUUUGCCGUUCUGCGGUGCUUUACAUACUUUUUCAUGUGGCUGCGGCCGCCGACAAGUAUCUUGCCGUCACGUCCGCCGACCGAGGCGAUGGCAUCCUUUUCCCUCGCUUGUGGCGGUUUCGUCUUCAUGCUCUCCACCGAGGAGGUUAGCUUCAUGCAGAUGCGGACGGGCUACGAUGACAUGAUGGCCUUGCUGAACCUCACUGUCGCGGUUGUCGCCCUCGUCUUUUGCCUCGCUGCGCUCCUCAUGGUGCUCAAGAACUGGGCGCUUCGGCGCGAGUGGCGACUUACGCAGCAGCACGUUGCCCGUGGGAGCUUCGGUCUCAAAGAGGCAACUGGCGAGCGCAUCCGUCUCGAAUCGAUGGAAGAGCAGAGAUGGUCGCCCUACGGUGACUACCAUGCGCCGCAUGGGCGCCGUCUCCAUGCCCGUGUUGCAGAGUCGGAGCCGAUUUUUUCCCUUGGGGAUGACGAGUUAGGCGAGCAGCACCCGGAUGCGUUAGACGAACAUGCACAUGGCCGGCGCUUCACCUUCGGUCUGCAACCUGCAGUCUCUGGUUGCAUAAGAGUUGGGACCGCUCGCGAGAAUCUGACCGCGUCGUCUCACACAGGCAUACGCAACACAUCACAUCUGUUGGUGAAGUAACGAUCCAGCACUCUGAAAUACUUUAUACCACCGCGCCCUCGCAUAUUCUCCACAUGUAUCCCUUGACCUUUCUAAUCAUGAGCCAUGCUUCUUUGCCAC